AUGGCUCCUUCUAACCUCCCACCCGUUUUCAAUGCCACCUCCCAGGACAUGGAGAUGAUGCUCACUGCCCAGGAGAAAAUCGUCCUUGCUGCCCGUAUCAUCGCUGCCAUCGACAACCCAGCUGACAUCUGUGUCAUCUCUGCCCGUCCAUACGGUCAGCGCGCUGUCCUCAAGUUCGCCGCCCACACCGGCGCCGUUGCCAUUGCCGGUCGUUUCACCCCCGGUAGCUUUACCAACUACAUCACCCGCUCUUUCAAGGAGCCCCGCCUCAUCGUUGUCACCGACCCUCGCACCGACGCCCAGGCUAUCAAGGAAGCCAGUUACGUGAACAUCCCCGUCAUUGCUCUCUGUGACGCCGACUCCCCAACCAACUUCGUCGACGUUGCUAUCCCCACCAACAACAAGGGUCGUCAUGCCAUCGGUCUCGUCUGGUGGAUGCUUGCCCGUGAAGUUCUCCGUCUCCGUGGAACUCUCGCUACCCGUGAGACCGAGUGGGAUAUCGUUGUUGAUCUGUACUUCUACCGCGACCCUGAGGCCGAGGAGACCAAGGAGCUCGAGGACGCUAAGGCCGCUGAGACCGAGGAGGCCGUCGUUGCUCCUGAGGCUGGUUUCCCCGCUGCUGACAACUGGGAUGCCGCUGGUGGUGUUCCUGCUACCUUCGGUGGCACUCCUGCUGCCGCUGCUGCAACCAACUGGGAGGCUUCCGGUACUGACUGGGCUGCUUCUGCUCCAACUGGUACUGAGAGCUGGGCUGCUGACACCCCUGCCACUGAGGCGAAGUGGUAA